AUGCAGUCCGACCUUCGACAAUGGGAGGCUUUCAACUCUCUAAGACACAAAGAGAUACUUAAUACACUGCAACCCUUGACAAAAUUGGUACAAGGACCCCAAGGCUGCCCCAACACUCAACUUCAAGACCUGAACCAACUCUGCAUCGAUCUUCCGGCCUUGUCACUGGAUACUCGACAAUACGUACUUGAGGCCACUGUGUUGAAGUCUCUACAUUAUCCUGAAUUGUCACUCAGGCAUGACAUAAUACCAGAGCCACACGCAGUCACUCUUCACUGGGCAUUCCCACCAUCUCAAGGCAGCAACAUGGACGCCAUUGGUGGCAUUUGCAGUUGGUUAUCAGGGUCCGGAGGACUGUUCUGGGUGUCUGGAAAACCUGGUUCUGGCAAGUCGACCUUUAUAAAAUUCAUUGCCGACAAUACCAACACUCAAAAGCUGUUGACCCAGUGGUCUAAGGGCCAAGAGGUCAUUCUGGCAGCACAUUACUUCACAAUCUACGGUACUCCAAUCCAGCGGUCUUUGGAGGGCUUGUUUCGGUCCCUUAUUUACAAGAUCCUAUCCCAAGAACCGACUCUCAUUCGAAAGGUGUUGCCACAGCGGUACAAGAACGAGAAGAUUCAGGAACCUUGGAAGCAAUCCGAACUUCAGUCUGUCCUGAAGAAACUUGCUCGAGAACUUGUGCAUUCCAGACUCUGCUUCUUCAUAGACGGCCUGGAUGAAUAUGCAGGAGAUCAUUUGGAUAUCUGCGAGACCCUCCAAGACCUCUCCCGCUCACCAUGUGUCAAGCUUUGUGUUUCCAGCCGACCGUGGAACGUUUUCGAGAAUGCGCUAGGAGGGGACACAGACUCGAAGCUGUACAUGCAGGAUGUCACCCGAGCCGACAUACAACAAUAUACGAAGACCAUGCUACGGUCUCACCCUCGUUGGGACAGCCUUGUCUCCGAGGCCGGCAGCGACAAAGCAGACUCCCUGGUUCAGCAGAUCAUCGACAAAUCAAGCGGGGUGUUUCUUUGGGUGACGCUUGUGACUAGGCUUCUCCGCGAGGGCCUUACCAACGACGACAGUAUUCAAGAUCUGAAUAGACGUCUUGAAAGCUUUCCUAGCGAGUUGGAACCGUUUUUCAGGCUCAUACUUGACUCGGUAGACCCUUUCUACCGAGAUCGAAUGGCGAGAGCACUUCUUUUUGCUUUGCAUGCGCAAAAGCCCCUUCAUAUACAGAUGUACAUGUUCCACGACAGAGAGUACGAGGAAGAAGAUUAUGCCCUCGGCGAGCCAGAGAGGAUGAUAGCUACCCUACAGCAACGAACAUCUCAGGCAGCCCGUGUCUUUCGGCGCGUGAACGGCUGGUGUAAGGGUUUGCUAGAACGCAAUCAUGAUCAGAUUGAGUUUCUCCACCGAACUCUUUAUGACUUUCUCGCCACCCCCGAGAUGCAGCAAACGCUGAAAGAAAAGGCAAAAACCAACAAUACCGAUUUCUGCCCGCUUCUCUCUCUUCUGAGAGCUUCAAUAGCCCACACAAAACGGUCUCGCUGGCUUCAGCCGCCUGCAUUCACUUCCUACGUAAAGGCCCCGAAAGCCGAAGAUCCACUGGUUGCCCUAACCCCUUUCGCCAAGAUGGUAAAGGAUAUGAUGGACUAUGCUAGGAGGUUGGAAUCUAUGGGCGGAGAGACCCUCCUUUCCACUACCACCUUACUGGACAACAUGGACAUGAGCAUUGGCACAGUGGAGGCGAAUGGUGAAGUGCGUGAUACCAAAACCAUCGCAAUAGCACGCGUGUUAUAUCGCUACCACGUCCUGGGAGCUGGUUUGGCGCGGUAUUUAGCCACAAAGCUGCCUAGCACCACCUACUUUGAUAGGUCGUCGUUCGCUCUAUUCAUAUGCCAAUCUCCACUGUCGGUUAUUUUUGAACGUUCGCCCUCCAGCAAGGAGGCUUUUGGGUGGGUUGCUAAAGCUAUCAUGGAUUCCGGGUACAGCCCCAACGACUCCUUUCUUCCAAGUGAGGGUGGGCGAGAGAUGGAGUGCAAUAUUCUCUCCGCAAUGUGUACCAUCACACACUACACACGAAUUUUCUCUCUUCGCCAGGGCACACCAUGGCAACAAUUGGUCGAAAUGACAACUUCAAUGGUCCUUGGGAAUGAAAACACGUCAUCGCCUCCAAAAACAUUGUCAGACUUCAUGACAGCUUUGGAAUACGAUGCAUUUCUUCUUCUACUUGGAUAUGGUGCAAAUGUUAACAGUCUGGCCCUUAUUAAGGUCGAAGGAGAAACGUUCACGAUCCCCAUAUGGCUAAAUUUCUUGCUCUACGCGGUUUACCUUCCUUUUUUCUCGAAACAUACGACAGCUUAUGAGACAACCCUAGAUCACAUGUUGAAGGCGGCCGAGCCAGAGACUUGGUCACAAAAUCUCCGAGGUGCCGACCAUCAACACAAUGUUCCACAACUCAUCAAGGACUUGGCUGGUGGCCGUAUGGUGCUUCAAACAUUUGCAAAGUCACUCUCUAGACUGACUCGAGUUGAAAGAGGUAAAUUUGCUGGUGGUGGAGAUUUGGUUGUCAGAAUAUUGCCCGAAAGCCUCAACAAGGAGGCUUUCGCCUUGUUGGAACCACUGGGUCUCAAUGUUGUGAUGGUGGAGGAGCUCCGGCGUGAUUAUGAGAACAUGAUACCUGCGAGAGGUGCCAAGCGGGGUUUGUCGGUAGCAAAGUUUGCGACUGAUGAUGUUCGUGACUGGAAAAUAGCCAAGCGACUUUAA